UGAGACAGCGAGCAUGGCGGGUCAAAAUGGCUACACACAAAGUAAUAGCCUCAUUCAGAUGUGGCUCACAGUUUUAUUAAGCCUUUUACAAGUUAUUCCAACAUACAGAAACUUAGCCGAAGCCCAUGGCUCAGCUUUUGUACAGACGACGGCGUCGAUGAAAGGGCUUCGAGAGAUCCGACUGGACGGAGCAAUUCAGUCACAGGAUGGAAUGGGUCUCCCGACCGGGCAAGGUCUACAGAAUGACAAAAGUAAUGGAAAAUCCCAUGAAUAUAACAACAUAAAACAACCAGGGAAUGGUGGAAUAAUAUUAGAACCAGCAAUGCUUGAUUUUGGGGAACAGCCUAUUGGAAUGCCAAAAAUAGAAACAGUUAUUAUACUAAAUCCACAUCCGGAAAAUAGUAUCAUAAUGUUAUCAAUAUCAGGCAACACGCCGCAUUUCCAUUCUUCCUUUUUUCAAGACAAAGUGGUUCUACCAGGAGGAAAUACCACAUUUGAUGUAGUAUUUUUAGCGAGGGUUGUUGGAAAUGCUGAAAACUCAUUAUAUAUUCACACCAACAAAGGGUUGUUUCCCUAUCAGGUAUUUGGUGUGGGUAUUCCCAAUCCUUACAGGUUGAGGCCUUUUUUAGGUGCAAGAGUACCAGUAAAUACAAGUUUUUCGCCACUUAUAAACAUGCAUAAUCCAUAUAGUGAAACUAUACAGGUCACAGAAAUGUAUUCAAGUGGAGGAGAUUUACAUUUAGAGUUACCAACGGGUGAAAGAGAGGCUUCGCAAACAUUAUGGGAAAUCCCACCUUUUCAAACCAAAUCUGUAAUGAGAGCAAGUUUUGUAGGUCGAGUAGAAACAAACCACACAGCUUUUAUCCGCAUAAAAACAAAUCAGUCAUCAUUGAGUGAUGAAGAAGAAUUUGUCAUACUUCCAAUGGAAGUUGAAGUGUCUGCAACACCUGGUAUAUAUUCAUCUCUUGAGCUAUUAGAUUUUGGCACCUUAAGAUCCUUUGACGAUCCAAAAAUUUUACAGAUUUAUUUAAUAAAUACAGGACAAAAGGCUGUUCAUAUUUCUAAUGUUUUUCUUCUAAAAGGUAACGAAGCAAUCUCGAUAGACUUCAAACCGCAGCAGUUAAGGCCAUCUGAAAAGCAUGUUAAAAUAGCAGAUAUAGUAUAUGAUCCUUCAAAAGCAGUCAACCCACGCAGUUUGUCAGGCAAAAUUGUCAUAAAAACAAAAGAGAAAAACUACAGAAUGCAGAUUCCUUAUCAAGUACAUGUUUUACAGGGUACUCUUGGGUAUAAUAAAAGUAGCACCAUCUUUUAUGUUGGGGAAACCACCUUAUGAAGAAGUUAUCAGAGAACUGCCUUUAACCAAUCUGUUUAAUUUUGCCCUGAUUGUACAUGACGUCACCUUGCCUAAAC